AUGAUUAUUCUGUUGCCUGGAAUAUUAUUGAAUAAAAAAUAUGCCUACAAAAUGGCGUGGAUGAACGACGUAUUCUGCAAGGUCCGUACAUAUUCAACUAUCGCUAUGUCAACAAAGCUGUAUUUCUUACUUCUUCUUAUGUGGAUGAUAUCUUUUGCAACUUCAUUUGCUGAUUUUUAUUUCUGUGCGAGAGAUUUCCAAGUUUCUACUUUGCACUGCUCAGAAGAUUAUACAAAACGCUCAGGCGGAAAACUUUUUAAUCAUUUUCUUAUUUUUUUGGGGCUAUUUCUAUCCAUUGCGAUAAUUAUAAUGUACUCAGCAAUUACUUGCAAUAUACGCCGUCGUUUUAUAUCAGUUAAUCAUGAAACACGAAAAACAUUUGCGAUAAAAACGGGACCUAAAACAUAUACUUUGAGAACUGCGAAAUAUGAACGAUCAAUGUUAAUUCAAGUAGGAUUAACUUCUGGCGGAUUAAUAUUUGGAAUUGUAAUAUUCAGCAUUGUGCCAUUGGCAAAAAUUCUCGGUCAAAAAAGCUUAAUUGUAGUAAACAUUUUCCAAUGUUUCUAUAUCAUUUUAUAUCGUUCUACAUUACCAACAGCUUUUUUCUUAACCAACGAACGUGCUCGUAAAUUUUUGAAUACUAAUGUAGUAAAACCUAUCCAAAUUCUUACCAAACAAGUUACCAGGUAA